AGAAACGUAAUUUCUCUGUCGCUUCUUCCAACACGACACGUACAAGGGGUUGUGUUUCAUUUAAAGGGUUCACACUUACAGUUGUAAAAAAAGCUUUACAAUUUCAGGUCCAAAACAUGAGCACACUAUGGAUGGGAAACUUGGAGCCCUARAUGGACGAGAAGUUCAUUACCCGAGCCUUCGGCACCAUGGGGGAGUUGGUGGUGAGUGUACGGAUUAUACGCAACAAGAUGACUGGUAGGGGUGCAGCAGGCUACUGCUUCGUGGAGCUGACAGAUGAAGCCACAGCUGAGCGGUGUCUUCGUAAAGUCAAUGGAAAAGCACUACCAGGAGCCACACCGCCUAGAAGAUUCAAGUUAAACCGGGCCACCUUUGGGAAGCAAGGAGAAAGCGGUCCACUCCAUUCUCUGUUUGUUGGGGAUCUCACACCUGAAGUGGAUGACGGGAUGCUCUACGAGUUCUUCUACAACCGCUACCCAUCGUGUCGUGGGGGGAAGGUGGUGCUGGAUGGCACGGGGAACUCCAAGGGUUGUGGGUUUGUCCAGUUCCCAGACCAGAGGCUUCAGAAGCUGGCACUGGAGGAGUGUCAGGGAGCGGUGGGGCUCGGGAGCAAGCCAUUACGACUGAGCCUAGCUGCUAACAAAACUCGGCAUAACCAAUCAGACAGCAGGGGGUGGGGGUCACACGGAGGAGGCUACAGACACAACCAGAACCAAUACAAUCAGCACAAUCAACAGCCGUAUGGUAGUGGAUGGGGCUCUUGGGGCUACGACCAGAAUGGAGGCAACUAUGGCGGSUACAACUACAACCAGUAUGAUUACACACAGAAUCCUGCACAGGAAAAUGAAGCUUUUGAAGAUGAUGGUCUGGAAGAUCCUAACCCAGAGCUGGAUGUGGUGGAAGCCAACAGGAAGUUUAUGGAACACAGCGAGGAACUGUAUGAUGCCCUUAUCGAGUGCCACUGGCAACCCUUGGAAUCKUCYGAACAAACCUUUGGAACUWCGAGUACCCUUCCAGAACCUGUCUACUGUUGAGGCAAUAUCCUCUUGCUAUGUUAUUUGGCCUUUCAUAUUAUAUUCUGUAGGCUAAAGACAUCCCCAGUCCUUGACAAUAARUGCCAUUUGCUUACAAACAUUGUUUGUUAAUCAACAAAUGAUUUAUUUUGUGCAUCUAUUAACAUCAUUUUUUUUUUUUUUUUUAACAAAACAAAAAAAGCAGUGAACACGUGGCUCAUCCUGUACCUAAGAAUAGCUUCCCAUUUUCAUGUCCUAUGCGUUGCUAAACCGCAAAGAUGAUGUCCGUAUCCUAAAUGGCCCUCUUCAUUUAAGUGCAGCAUAGCUUUUUCUUUUUCAGGGCUCGAAGGUCACUGGUCAAAGGUAGUGCACUAUAUAGGGAAUUAGAGGGCCAUUUCAGUGGUUUAAUUUUUGUUUUGUUUUAUUCAUGUAUUUUCCCUUCUCAAUUGAGGAGUGAUUGAGUAAUCUGCAGUGUUACACUGCCUUCUGUCUGUUUCCAUAUGUUUUGUAAAGUAAGAAUAAACAUAUGUAUCAUGUUG